CUCAUUCGUCGCGCAUCGCCAAGAAAUCGCAGCGAAGCGUAUUACACAAUGGCGGAUCUAAAACCGAAGGAGAUAGAGGACGCAGAAUGGGCCUACGACAUCUUCAAAGGCAUGGACGGCCUCGUCGACUCCACCUCGUUAGGAAAAUGGCUGAACGCCCUGGACGUCAACCCCAGCGUGGCCAGACUCGAAAAGUUCGGCGUUGCCAAAAAAGUGGACGAGAAGAAGUUCAAACUCGACGAGCUUUUGCCGAUUUUCAGCGAGUUGAAGAAGGAGAGGAAGGAUCAGGGUUGUUACGAAGACUUCAUUGAGUGUCUGAAGCUGUACGAUAAAGCGGAAAAUGGAAAAGUGGCGGUCGGUGAAUUGAGUCACUCGCUUUUAUCUCUGGGAGAAAAGUUAACGGACCACCAAGUGGACGAGGUGUUCGAGGAUUGUCUGGAUGAAGAAGACGACGAAGGGGAGAUUGAAUAUAUACCGUUUUUGAGGCGAAUGUGCGGGCUGGACCCUCCAAUACCACCCAAGAAGAAGAAGUAAGAUGUGUCGGUGGUGUGAAUAUGAUCUGUCAAA